AUGGAUGCUGAUAGGAGACAAAUCGUAUCAGCAAUUCAACGUGAUGUUGCUACAUAUAUUCGUGAAUUAGAUCAGAGAAUUACUCAACUUGAACAAUCAGCUCAAAGAGCUCAACAAGGAGUAAGAGUUACAUCAGUACCUUCAUUUGAAACGGCAAAAUCACAACUAAAUGAAAUCAAAGAAACUGCAGACUACUGGCAAUCUGGACAGCUUGAGCAUGAAGCUGAACAAAUUGAGCAGCAGCUUAAUCAAUUUGUAAAUACGCAAUUACCAGCUGCUGUUGAUCCAUUCAGCGCAAAACUUGAAGAAUGGAAGAAUCAGUUCAAUAGACAAAUGUCAUCUGUUGGUAGAACUUAUCAAAAACUCAUGGAUUCAUUGAAUAUUGAUACUGAAGACUUAGAAUUAGCCGCAAAACAAUUUUAUGAACAACAGCGCGCGUUUUCCAGCCUUACAACUGAAAUAAAUUCAAUGAAAACAGUUACAGACGAUUUCAAAAAUGAAACUCAGUCUGCAAUAGAAAAUCAGCAGCAUGAGUUGCAAGUAGCGCUAUCUAAUGCAUCACAGCAAUUACAAAUCGAUUUAAUGAGAGUCAAAGCUACAACAGAUUCAACUCUUGCCCAGUCUUUAGCAAACUGUAAUUCUUCGUCCUUAGCGGAUUUAUUUGGUUCAAUUCAAACUGAUGUCAAUUCUCAAUGUGCUCAAAUGGAAACAGGAUUAACUGAUAUCCAGUCCAUGCUAGAUAAGAGCGAAGAUCAAUGGAAAUCUGAUCUCGAAAAUAUUGAAGCAGAAUUACAGAUGGAAUUAAAUGCAAUGAGGAGAACUGUUGGUGGAGAUUACGACAUUCAAAAGAAAUUACAUGAAGCGCAGGCCAAAGCUGAUGCAAUUGAAAAAAUGAUUCAAGAACUAUAA